AUGCCCAUGCAGGCCCCUCCUCCGGGCUACAACCCCCAUAUCUAUCCCCCCUUCCAGCACCCCAUGCCCCAUCCCGGCAUGCACCGUCCCCCGUCUGCCCACGACAUCAAGGGCCAGGACCCCUUGUCAUACGACGUGACAGACACUCGUGCUCUCGUCAGGGGCUUUGGCGUCAACGAAGAGAUCGUCGCCGGCCUCAAGCUCCCUCCCUCCGACCUAGAGGAUAUUGCGGUCGGCUCCAACGGCCUCUCCUCUGGCCGCGACCGUGACUUUGUCGAACCCUCCCUCCCCCGCGACGCCAGCAAGUGGAUCUCGGUCUCCAUCCGCAAUGGCAACGCUCCGCAGGGCGCCCCUCCGCCCAACACCGUCCCGCCCCCUGUGCCCUCUGUCGCCGUCUGGCUCCCCAAAGACCGCGUCAUGGUCCGCAGCAUCCUCGAAGCCUACUUUGCCCGUCUCAAUUAUCACCGCCCAGUCUUCUCCCGUCGCGAGUUUGAACAAGCUCUCGAUUUGCUCUAUGAGGGCCGCACCUUCCAGCACGACCCUGGCUUCGUGUGCAGUGUCUACCUCGUGCUCGCCCUCAGCACUCUCAGCGAACUUAAUCACCGUGCUAACGGCAUGGAGAAGGACGGAAACCAAAAUGCAACCAGCCCUAUUGCGCCUCGGAGGCUGAUGCCUGCAGACUGGCCCUCACACGAGGAGUUUUUCGAGCGCGCGCUCGCUGUCAAACCCGACCUUCGCGUCACCGUGUCGAGCCUCCAGGCGCUCAUUCUCCUCCAUUGGUAUCUCUACACAGAGCGACAGGGCCGGACCUUAUGGCGCCUCGUGGGCAGCCUGGUCCGCGUUGCCAUCGAGCUCGGCCUGCAUCACGAUCCCACCUCCCAGAACGACCCCGCUUCUCAGGACAAGAUCUUCUCUGAGCAGGAGUGUCAGCUCCGCAUUCGUCUCUGGGGCAUCGUCCUCCUCCAUGACCGCGGCACGUCCAUCCUGCUCGGACGCCCGCUUGCCAUUGCGCCGUCCGACUCGAAUACCCCUCAGCCAGCGCGUGCCAAGUCGACGGACAUUUCGGACCAUUUCGUGCUCUCUGCCCCAAUUGUCGAAAUCCAAGCGGACAUUAUCAAUUCGUUGUAUACCCCCACGAGGCAGAGCGCGGACGCUAUCGUGCGACAUGCGACCAGGAUCAUCAAGAGCAUGGCCGAAUUCAGACGCCAGCUGCCAGACAGCUACAAGUGGUUCUUUGGGGGCACAGACGAGUGGAAGAUUGAGCAGAGGACAAAACUCGUGCAAGACAUUACUGAGGACGAAGGCCUCACGCUACUCAAGAUUGGGAUCACGCGGAUUCUGCUCUUGCGAGCCCUGUUCAGCUCCAAGGAGCUUGACUACUAUCAUCGGUAUCGCGCGCUCAAGGACGCCAUCAUCACGUCGCACAACAUCAUCAUCGUGCACAACCAGCUGAUACGUUUCCCCGAUAUUGCCUUCUUCGUCUCCCCGAUCCCACUGCACAUAUCCGCGAUGGUCAUCCUGUUCGGUCACAUGUCGCGCUGUCACCCCAUCCCGCGCCAGGUCGCUGUCGAGGAUGUGUGGAUGGCGCUUGACAUGCUCCCGAGCUUCCGCUGGCGCUGGGAGCGCAAAGACCUCAACGGCGGCCACCCUCUCAUCGCCAAGCUCGCAGAGAAAGUCCUCGCUGUCAACCUCCACCAAGUUGCGCCUGCCGCGCCGCCCGUACUUCUCUCCGAGCUCGACUGGGACACGGAGCACCUUCUGUCGCCCAAGCCCGGCGCUCAAGCGUCCGCACAGCCGACGAGCCCCUCCAUUGGCCCCGCGCAGUACUCGGGCGCGCCGGGCCCGUAUGGCGGGCAGGCACCCUCGUGCGGCGGCUCGUCGGGCAAGGGCAGUCCGGACCGCGCGAACGCAAACGGCGCACCGGGCACGCCCGCGGACAAAAAACUCGCCGAGGUGCCUCCCGGGCUUUUCUACCCGUUCUACCCGGAGAACCAGAACAAUGCUGCCGCGACGGUCGCGAGCGCAAACGGGGGCAGCGGCCAGGACUUCAACCAUCUGCUUGCGGCCGCAGCCGCGGCGUCCCAGCCGAUGGGCCCGUAUGGUUAUCAGCCGUCACAAGAGUCGUAUAUGCUGGAAGAAAAGGAUACGACGAUGGCGCCGGGCGUGGGGACGCAGGUGUGGGUGAGCCGAUAA